AUGCAUUUUUUAGUUGAAGCGCUCAACAGAUUUGUGGAUUACUAUCAAACACUCAACUACGAACCACUAUUGAAUACGCGACAGAAACGUUCAGUUGCCGCGUUUUCUUCCCCUAUUAGUUUGCAUUUUAUUGCCCAUAACAGGUCUUUCGAUUUGAAGUUGCAUCCCGUUGAUGUAAGUUCGUCAGUAUUUGACGAAGGUGCUGGUUUAGAUGAGGAUGAUGAUGCGGGUUCAGCAGUUUAUGGUUCAAUAUUAGACGGUGUUUUUGAUGGACAUAUUCAUUAUAGUAAUGGUGAAUCAUACACCGUUGAUAAGAUAGGACGAAUGGAAAAAUUCCAACAGAGUGUCGUCGUCGAGCCAUCAUCGCAAGAGCAUCAGUCAUCUCAUUUACGAUUUUUAGAAUAUCACCACGAUGACUCGUUCCCGAAAAGGGCAUGCUACGUUUAUCUUCAAGCAGAUCAAAAACUCUAUCAGCAUAUCUACGAAAAAGAGGGUAAUCUUGAUCCAAUCAGAACAAGAGAAGAAAUUGCAAGUCUCUUCUACAAUCACAUCAAAGCGGUGAAUCAGAUAUAUGAGGGUACUAAUUUCAACGGUGUGUACGGUAUCAAAUUUGUCAUUCAACGAAUUUCGAUGUUUACUCCCCAGUCGUGUGAAGGUGGUAAAUCAAAGGGAACCUAUGAUAAUCCGUUUUGUGAAGAGAACGUAGACGUGUCAAAUUAUUUAAAUCUUAAUUCGCGUCGUAAUCAUUCUGAUUUUUGUCUUGCAUACGCGUUCACAUUUCGUGACUUCGUUGGCGGCACACUUGGACUUGCUUGGGUUGCGAGUCCAAAUCACAGUAAGCUCUAUCAAAUUCCUUAUUCACUAACCUACACCGCUGGAGGUAUUUGUCAACAGUAUACAAAAUAUAGUGAAGGUACGAAUUUUGUGUACCGUUCCUUGAAUACCGGUAUAAUAACAUUGGUCAAUUAUGGUAAUCGAGUUCCGACACGCGUCUCACAAUUAACUUUAGCACAUGAAAUUGGACACAAUUUUGGAUCACCGCACGAUUAUCCAGCGGAGUGUCAACCAGGCCUUCCAGAUGGUAAUUAUAUUAUGUUUGCAUCAGCGACAUCCGGUGAUAAACGCAAUAAUGCCAAAUUCUCGAAGUGUUCAAUCGCUAACAUUAGUCUUGUUCUAAUGGAGGUUUUACAACAGCGACCGGUUGGCAGUGAGUCGAAUGUGUAUCGUUUCGGCGGAUAUAUCGGUGCGGUUGGUAAAAGGAACUGCUUCAGAGAAACGAAGUCGGCCUUCUGUGGUAAUCAAGUGAAAGAACCGGGUGAAGAAUGCGAUUGUGGAUAUACGAGUGAGGACUGUCAAACGAUGGACGAUAUGUGUUGCAUUCCUCGCCAGGCAGGCAACGGUUGUCGUCGUGUCCCCAAUGCAUCGUGUAGUCCUUCAGAAGGACCUUGUUGCGAUGCUAAACGCUGCGCAUUUCAUCCCUCUUCUGCCAAUAAGAUUUGUCGUGCUGAAUCUGAAUGUCUCGAAGAGCAGUACUGCAGUGGAUCUAGUGCUGAGUGUCCCGAGUCACGACCUAAGCGAGAUGGUCGUCCUUGUCAAGACUCCACCAAAGUUUGUUACGCUGGAAACUGCAAUGGCUCAGUUUGUGCUCAGGUCGGUUUGAAGGAUUGCUUCUUAACUGAAGGAAAUCCUGAACAUUUAUGUCACUUGGCAUGUGCAGAUGCGAACGGAACGUGUCGAUCAAGUCUUGUUUUACCUCAGUUUGCCGCUGGCCGGUUCAAACAAAUGGGACGUGAUAACAGGCCUGGCCUUGUGCUUCUUCCCGGUUCACCGUGCAAUAAUUACAAAGGUUAUUGUGAUAUAUUCCGCAAAUGCCGAAGUGUAGACGCAGAUGGACCAUUAGCUCGGCUUAAAAAUGUUAUUUUCAACCCGAAAACUCUGCAUGAAGUGAAGUAUUGGAUCCAGGUGAACUGGUGGGCAGUGGUCAUUGGAGGAUUAGGAUUAUUACUAUUCAUGGCUGUAUUCAUCAAGUGCUGUGCAGUACACACACCCAGCACUAACCCAAAUAAACCGCCAGCCCUUAAUAUCUACGACACGCUGCGACGCCCUAAAUCACUUAUUCACAGGCCAAGAGUAGCACGUUCUGUUGCUGAGAAUGGUGCGAUUAAUGCAAGUAGAAUGGGAGUUGCAAACCCGCGACGACAUGCAAAUCACAGUAGCACUGAGAAUCGGCACGCACAUAGGUCGAGCGGAGCAGUGUCAGGCUCAAACUCUGAUCAUCAUCGAUCAUCAGCAGCCUUUCAUCCAAUUGCAUCCGCACCUCCUCCUCCUACAGCUCCACCUCAUCAUGCAGUCACGUCAGCAACCUCUGCACCGCCACCCGCUAGUAUUAUUGUUGUUGAACCACCACCUCCAUACACGGCUUCUACUGAUCCUGGUACUGCAUUAGGUGGACCGAAACGAGGACAUCGUAAGAAUAAACGACGAAAUGAUGUCGAAAUGAAGGUCAAAAAUCGGCGGAAUUAA